CUCUCUCUGUCUUUCCAUUGAUCAGCAACGACGAAGGUGGAGUGUGGACGACGACGGCGACGACGAUGAGGGCAGUGGAGGUGAAUGGAGGGGCACGGCUUAAAUACUGCCCAUAUAAAAACAUCGACAAAUAAUAUUUUCAUUUCACAAAUCUCUGGACCAUUGUGUGUGCAACAACACAUAACACAUCAACACCAACGAGCCAUCAUCAGCUGAUUUGUUUAUAUUAUUAUAAUAUUAUUUUGAUUUUAUUUCGGAUAUAAUUGAAGCAAUCAUGAAGACACUUGUGGUAUUUAUUGUCGCGAUAAUAGCCGCAACACAAGCUAUUUCAUUCUUUGACCUUGUCAUGGAAGAGUGGGGAACAUUCAAGGUACAACAUAAAAAAACUUAUGAAAAUGAAGUUGAGGAAAAAUUUAGAAUGAAAAUAUUUAUGGAAAAUAAACAUAUUAUUGCAAAACACAAUUCAAAAUAUGAAAUGGGUUUGGUAUCAUACAAAUUGGGAUUAAAUAAAUAUGGUGAUAUGCUUCAUCAUGAAUUUGUUGGUCACAUGAAUGGUUUUAAUAAAACAGUCAAUGGAAAAAGUCUCAAAGGAAUAAGAAAAUUAACUGGUGCUAAAUUUAUUGAACCAGCAAAUGUUGAAGUACCAUCAUCAGUUGAUUGGCGUCAAAAAGGUGCAGUAACACCAGUCAAAGAUCAAGGACACUGUGGAUCAUGUUGGGCAUUUUCAACAACUGGUAGUCUUGAAGGACAACACUUUAGACAUACUGGUGUUCUUGUAUCAUUGAGUGAACAAAAUUUAGUUGAUUGUUCUGGUAAAUAUGGUAAUAAUGGAUGUAAUGGUGGACUUAUGGACAAUGCAUUCCAAUAUAUCAAAGACAACAGAGGCAUUGAUACUGAAAAAACUUAUCCAUAUGAAGCUGAGGAUGAUAAAUGUAGAUACAAUCCAAGAAACAAUGGUGCUGAUGAUGUUGGUUUUGUUGAUAUUCCACAAGGUGAUGAAGAAAAACUUAAAAAAGCUGUUGCAACUGUUGGUCCAGUUUCAAUAGCUAUUGAUGCUUCACAUCAAUCAUUCCAAUUUUAUUCUGAAGGUGUUUAUGAUGAACCAGAAUGCUCAAAUACUGAACUCGAUCAUGGUGUUUUAAUUGUUGGCUAUGGCACUGAUGAAAAUGGCAAAGAUUAUUGGAUUGUUAAAAAUAGCUGGGGUGAAAGUUGGGGUGAAAAAGGAUUCAUCAAAAUGGCACGUAAUCAAGACAACCAAUGUGGUGUUGCUUCAUCAGCAAGUUAUCCUCUUGUGUGAUUUAAUUUAAAAAAUAAUAUCAAAUAAUUGAUAAAAAAAUUAAUUAUUAAGUGAUAGAUAUUUUUCUUUUUUUCCUUGUGAUUGAUUGCCAAUAUUAUUUAUCUUUUUGUACCAUGACAGAAAAUUUAAAUUAAAUUCUCUUCUUUUUUUUUUUUUUUUUGUUUGCCUGUUAGUUUGGCUCAAUCACUUUUCAUUUAUUUUAUACUAUUAUUUAAAAUUUAUUUUUUCAUAUGACUCAUGUUAAAAUAUAAAUUCUUGUGUGAUAAAAUUAUUGUGUUGUUUUAUUUUUAUUUAUUCUACGAAAUUCCUUGUUUUUGCAGUUUUACUUAAUUUUAAAAUCAACAAAUCUUCAAGUUUAAAUCGAGACUAAAUCUUUAAAUUCUUAUAUGAUUAUUUUUUUUAUUUUUAAAUACAUUUCUUAUCAGCGCGGUUUUUUUUUUUUUUUUUCAAUGAUACAGUCA